AUGAUCUCACCGUCUGCCGCUGUCACGUCCCCAGCGGCCGCCGAACCCAGUGUCAACAGGACCACAUCUGCAAGGCGCCGAGGUUUGAGUUACCUCCGUGCUCUAUCGCACAAUCGUUCAUCGGGUGGAACGAGCCCGAACGAACCCUCCCGUUCGCCCAGACACUAUUUCCAGAGAUCACUCAGUUACAACGAGAAUCGACCAGACCCGGUAACAAGUCGACGACGGAGCACAUCUCGUCCAAACGAACCUACAGCCUUCCUCUCCUCGGACCCGCGUCAAGUCGGGACGAGGACACCUUCACCCCGCGUGGAGCAGGAACCAACCGCAGAUCAAGUGGAAAACACGAGUGCAGAGGAUAUGGCGAGACAUCGGUCAUCCACAUUGAGAAGGACUGUAAGCAACAACAAUCCUCAGGCUAGUGCCUCAGUGGCAGCAGAGGCAUCAGAUUCUGCCCCGAGACCGGCACAUGCAAGAACCAACAAGACUACUUCGGGUACAAAAGGAGAGACACAGGAAGGGGAAACGAAGCAACCGUUACCUACGAUUCGUUUCUUUCCCCACCAGGAAAUUAGGAAUGGAAGACCGUCUCUCAACUUCUCCCCGAUCACGCGAACCUUGCCCAGCGAGCAUUCUAUCAUAAGAGUCGGUCGGUAUUCUGAGCGUGAGGGUGUGCCAUCGGCCAAUCCCAUUGGUCCCUCUGAUGCUCCUGUCGGCUUCAAGUCCAAGGUCGUCAGUCGAAAACACUGCGAGUUCAGCUUUCUCGAUGGCCAAUGGCAGAUCAAAGAUGUCGCAUCCUCCUCUGGCACUUUCUUGAACCAUAUCAGAUUAAGUCAACCCAACACCGAGUCGAGACUAUUCCCAAUUAAAGAUGGUGAUAUCGUCCAACUGGGUAUUGACUUCCGCGGCGGAGAGGAAAUGAUCUUUCGUUGUGUCAAGAUCCGGAUUGAAUGCAACCGGGCCUGGCAAAAGAAACCAAACAAUUUCAACAAAAGCAGGCAUCAACAACUGCAGAGUCUUGCAAAGGACCAACCCUCUGCCGAUACUAACAGUGGUGAAUGUUCAAUUUGUCUCGGUUCUGUUUUGCCCUGUCAAGCGUUGUUUGUCGCCCCGUGCGCACAUGUCUGGCACUACAAAUGUAUUCGACCUCUACUCGAAGGCAAAAACAGUGUUUAUCCGCAAUUCCAAUGUCCAAAUUGCAGGGCUUAUUCAGAUCUAACUGCCGAUGUCGACCUCGCUCAGUCCGACAUAGACGAAUGGCUGGAGAAUACUGAUGAUCCUGAGAAUCAAACCGCCGAGGCCAGUGCCGAUGCUACAAUUGAAGGAAAUCAUGCUUCCGAUGCACACAUCAAUGGUCAAGUGACAGGCGGGCCAGACUCCGUCAACGCGGCCGUGCCAACUACGACCUUGAAUGGAGAUGAGCCUCAAAUAAAUAUAAUCCCUGAAAAUCCUCCCGUCACUAUAUCUCAAUCCGAACCCAUUAACGAAAAUCCUUCUCCGGCGACUCCGAACACCUCAGGACUCCUGGCCCGGAGGCAAGCUACCAAUCCACGUUCAUCCGAGCUUUCAAUGAGCGGUAAUAUCGAUAUGCCUGAUCAACCGGUCGAGGACGAGAUGCAGGCUGAGCUCGAACAGCAACGUACCAGCACGCAAACCCCGGACCCCGACCAAGUGGUUGUCGUGGAGGGGCCGUUAACCCCCAGGAAUAAUGCCGGCCCCUUUGUCUUUGACGGUAGUGCUGGCAGGUCCGAUGCGAGACAGUUGGUGGUACCAGGGAUGGCGGAUGUUGCUGAUGGAAACCGAUCGUCAUGA